AUAAUGGAGGACUCAGCGCUCAUGACCGAGGGCCGCAUCAAUGAGGUUCUGGCCGACAUUUUGAAAGUGGAUGCUCUUCAAGAGGCUCUUGUGAACCUUCUGGUAGUACCAAAAUCUGAAAAAGAUACGACCCGUCUUGCUACUGUAUGUACUGAGCUCCAGCGGGUGUUCACUGAGGCGUCUACAGAAGCUGCUAAUGCUACAAGCGCUGCGCAAGAUGGUCAGCAGGGAGCCAACCAAAAAGCAACAGAAAACACAAAGCCAGUUGGAGUGGAGGUUUCGACUCGAAUACAGGAGACAGGAGUAAGCACAAUUGUGUCCGUGUUAGCUCGGCAAAACAAUGCAUAUCGUGCUCAGUUUGUGGCUUCGACCCUCACACAUCUUUCCACUACCAACACAGUUUCACCCAAAGUAGUAUGUCUGUGUCUCCUUAUGGAUGAGAAUCUCAUACCUGAUAAUGAUAUCUUCUGGGUAACGGCAUUUGGUAUCAUUAAGAAAAUAUUAACGGGUGUGGACUACAAAGGUGUUCGGGAAAUUAUGAAGAUGUGUCUAGAACGUGCACGACAACUACCAACCAAUCUGCGAAGAUCCCAACUACAUCUUGUGGAUGCUCUGUACGAAGUCAUGAAACUGAUAUUUGACCGAAAUGCAUCCCUUCUUCCCGGGUAUUUUAUUGUAAAUGAACUUCUUAAGCUUUAUCCAGACUACAAACAUUGGCCUCAUUGGAAAUUGGCAUCACUGUUAACAGAUUUUGUUGAUAAGUUUAGAAGAGCUGCUCAAAUGCUGUCGAUAGUUGUGCGUCCAAAACUCCGCCCCAUUGUAGAGCAUGCUGGGCACAAUAGUCCUUCCAUCAACUCGUGGAAACUCGAUUCUGUGACACUGAAAUUCCAGCUGAAGGGUGCCCUGCCGUACACUCCAGAGCUGCUAGAGCCUCAGCCGUUUCUUCUGCGAUAUAUUCUCAGGCAGCCAUACUCUCGGGAGAUGGUUUGCACUGUGAUAGACAUACAGAAAAAACAAAAGCAGCGAUGUAUUGCCCUGGAGGAACAGCUGGUGGAGCUGAUAAUAGCCGCUUUAGAACAAGACUGUAGUCGUGUGGAUAACUCUGGCAGUGGCUCCUCCACCAAUGGCUCACCUAGUAAUGGCUCCUCCUCUACUUGUGCAGAUCACAGUCCUUGUUUUUGUGCACAUCUGUCAUCUCUUCUCAUCUAUUUCGUCUUGUUCCAGCUCAUUUCGUUUCCAUCUUUGGUUCUGAGAUUGCAUGAGAAGCUCAAGGCAAAAGGUAGACACCAAGGACGGGACCACCUGAUGUGGGUUCUCUUGCAGUUUCUCUCUGGCAGUAUACAGAAGAAUCAGUUCUCAGACUUUCUCCCGGUUCUCAGACUCAUUGAGGUGCUGUAUCCCGAGCCUGAACCAAUACCAGUACCUGACUACUCUGACCCUCGGUGUGUCAUGCAGAUGGCUGCCAUGUGUAUUUUGAUGCACAUAUUGAAGAAGGCUCAGGCAGACAAUAUUAAGACACCUCGCUCGCUGCCACCUGUGUUUAAGAACCACCAUGAGUUUCUUCAAAGCUUGGCCCUUAACCCACAGUUACCGCUCAUUACUGCUGGUACGCCACCUGACUACAGAAUUGCCCUGCUGUUAAAUGCUUAUUCUACUAAUCAGGAAUAUUUUCAGAGACCCAUUCUCAUAUUGUCUGAAAGUAUUCAGGGAAAUCAGAAAUCCACUGUUCCAAUGCCAGGCAUAAACUGCGUAGCCCUGGGCAGCACCUCACCUCUCUCCAUAACCUUUCUUGAUGCCCUCACAGUGCACGUCAAGAUGAGUCUCGUACACAACAUUGGACAGCACAUUCAAAAACAAGCACAGCAUAAAUCUGGGGUAGCACUGGCCCCAGCACUCAUCGAAACUUAUGCACGACUUCUGGUUUACACCGAGAUUGAGAGUAUUGGAAUCAAGACUUUCAUAACAAAUCUGCUGCCAGUGGUUUACAAGAGUCAUGUGUGGAGCAUAUUACACGCUCUACUGGAGAUGUUCAUCCACCGCAUUCACCACUCUCCACCACAGUACCGCAUUCAGCUGCUCUCCACCAUCCACCACAUGGUGGCGGUCCCCCUCAAUGCCAUGACUCAAAUGACACAACUGCACUUAUGUAUGGAGAGUGUGGCGCUACGACUCAUCACGGGUCUGGGCAACUCGGAGGUGAUGCCAAGUCUGACCCGUUUCACUUUUUGUUCCGAUACUAAACCAAACCUGAUCAGUACAGACUCAGAGGAGCUGAAUCGAGUGCUGGUUUUAACUAUGGCUCGAGCGAUACAUGUUACUGGUUGUGACAGUUCUGGAGAUUCUGCUCGUUGGUGUGUGGACUUUCUGAAGACGGUGAUGACACAGACUCCCCACACCUGGGCCAACCAUACCAUCCAGUGCUUCCCUCCAGUGAUAGCUGACUUCUACCACCAGUGUGCAGCACCUCGAGAAAACAUGCACACCCUUAAGAAAGCAGUUGAGGAAGAGUACAGGAAGUGGAAGUCUAUGAGCAAUGAAAAUGACAAUAUUGCGCACUUGGUUUUUUCUCUCUCCAGCCACACCUCACCCUUGUUUCUGUGUUUGCUUUUUAAGAUGGUAUUAGACACUGACAGAGUGCCUCCUAUUGCUUACAAGGUUCUGGAACGUGUCGGGCCACGUCAACUGGCUGCUCAUGUUCGCACACUCUGUGACUUCCUGGUCCUGGAGUUUUCCAACAGUGCCGGGGGUCAACAUGUGACCAAAUAUGUCGAAACAAUGAACUCCAUCAUCUGGGUCUACAACAUUGUGCCCAUUGAUCGCCUUAAUGCUGUUUUGGCCCUGCGAACUCAGGAAGGUAGCGAGGCACACGUUUGUUUUUUCAUUAUCCAAUUGCUGCUGCUCAAACCAGCUGAGUUGAGGAAUCGUGUUCAAGAGUUCGUCAAGGAAAACUAACGCUCCCCUGACCACUGGACGAACAAUUGGUAUGAGAAACACAUGGCAUUCCACCGCAAGUUUCCAGAAAAAUUCUCUCCUGAGAGUAUCCUGGCAGAGCAAGGCACCCUCACUGCACAGUACCAGACUCUGCCAAUCUACUUUUCAAAUGUUUGUCUCAGGUUCUUACCCUUUGUGUGUUUCUCUAGGUACUGUGACAUUCCUUCAGGUGAGGUGGAAGAAUGGGUGAAUGCUGUGGGUCUGCUUCUUACGUGGCUUCCUGAGCCUUACUGGCUGGUCAUCCAUGACCGCAUCAUUGAAUUACUUCAGAAACCAAACCUGGCAGCACCUGGGAGUGACUCUAUGGACCCAUUCACCUUGCUUAAUUUAGAGCAGUUGCAAUCAUCUCGUAGUGAUACAAGUGCUGCGCUCACUGUGGCUCUGGCUCAUUCAUUUUGGCAUCAUGCAUCCUUUGGCCAAGUUGGCCGCAUCCCUCAGUUCAUGAGAGAACGUGUACGUCCAAUUUUAGCAACAGAAGAACAACUGGUGGUGGUGUGUCACCUGGUGGGUCCAUUCCUUCAACGCUUUAAUAGUGAGCUGGCUCGUAAAGUCUUCGAUGUGACCAUCGAGCUCUACGAGGCUCUGGCCAAGGUGGAUCGGAGUGUGACUGAUCUGAAAUAUAUGGAUCCCAUUUGUGAUGUUCUUUACCAUAUAAAGUACAUGUUCACCGGGGACUCCAUAAAGACUGAUGUGGAGGGAAUCAUCCGUGGGCUGCGACCAGCACUGCAAAGACGUUUACGCUUCAUCACACAUCUCAAUUUGGACUCCAUUGAAAAUACUGCAGGGAAUAAUGCCAGUACUAGUGCCACCACGGGAAGCAGUGGUAACACAUCAGCUAGCAACAGCACCAGUAAUAGCACCAACAAUACCACUUGUACUAAUACCAGCAGCAGUAACAGUGCUGCAGGCCCUCUCACUGGAAACUCUGUGAGCCAGACAGGUAGUGGAGGAACGUCCGGCACUGUUUUAGGGUCGGCUGGGUCGGCUGUAGGAGCACUAGGUACCCUAGGGUCAAGCGUCACUCUGGGUAGUAAUACACAGGCAUCUAGUGUCUCCACAUCUGCUCUGGGUGUAGGCUCCUUGGCAGCCGCAUCCAGCUUGGCUUCUCUCCUGCAAGAUACAUCACCUGUUAGCACAUCAUAAACUGUAUUUAGGCUAUUAGAGAGGGCUGGAUCAGCCCAAGAUUUUGUCUUUCAGAAUCCAUUACGGCUGGAUCAGCCCACGAUUUUGUCUUCAAAAUAAAUUAGAGUAUAGUAAUUUAAUUGUAAUAUGAUAUUUUUUGAAGGAUUUUGUAACAAAAUGAAAUUAGAAAAUUAAUUAUUAAAUGCAUUAUACAGUAAUCAUAUUUUUUUGAUAAUGUGAUAUUUGUUUUUUAGCAGAAUGUGUAUACAGUAUUAAACAUUAAAAUUGUA